GCGCCCUCCUUUCCCUUCCUCUCUCCACUUGGCCUUUGCCCUAAGCCAAGACCUGGCCACCAGCCUGGCUGCAGGGGCCUGCAGAGCCAGCUGCACUUUUUCAGGUAUGGGGGAGGGCCAGGUACCAUGAAGCCAGUACGGGUCACCACCCUUCUGUGGAUGCUACUGCUGGUGCUCAGGCUGGGGGCCACCCGGCAGGGGUCCCCAGAAGAGGCCUCCUUCUACUAUGGAACCUUCCCUCUUGGCUUCUCCUGGGGCGUAGGCAGUUCUGCCUACCAGACGGAGGGUGCCUGGGACCAGGACGGGAAAGGGCCCAGCAUAUGGGACAUCUUCACACACAGUGGGAAGGGGAAGGUGCUCGGGAAUGAGACAGCAGAUGUAGCCUGUGAUGGCUACUACAAGGUCCAGGAGGACAUCAUUCUGCUGAGAGAACUGCACGUCAGCCACUACCGAUUCUCCCUGUCUUGGCCCCGGCUCCUGCCCACAGGCGUCCGAGCCGAGCAGGUGAACAAGAAGGGAAUCCAAUUCUACAGUGAUCUUAUCGAUGCCCUUCUGAGCAGCAACAUCACCCCCAUCGUGACCUUGCACCACUGGGAUCUGCCGCAGCUGCUCCAGGUCAAAUACGGUGGGUGGCAGAAUGUGAGCAUGGCCAACUACUUCAGAGACUACGCCAACCUGUGCUUUGAGGCCUUUGGGGACCGCGUGAAGCACUGGAUCACGUUCAGUGAUCCUCGGGCAAUGGCAGAAAAAGGCUAUGAGACGGGCCACCAUGCACCGGGCCUGAAGCUCCGAGGCACCGGCCUGUACAAGGCAGCACACCACAUCAUUAAGGCUCAUGCCCAAGCCUGGCAUUCUUAUAACACCACAUGGCGCAGCAAGCAGCAAGGUCUGGUGGGAAUUUCAUUGAACUGUGACUGGGGGGAACCUGUGGACAUUAGUAACCCCAAGGACAUAGAGGCUGCCGAGAGAUACCUACAGUUCUGUCUGGGCUGGUUUGCCAACCCCAUUUAUGCCGGUGACUACCCCCAAGUCAUGAAGGACUACAUUGGAAGAAAGAGUGCAGAGCAAGGCCUGGAGAUGUCAAGGUUACCAGUGUUCUCACUUCAGGAGAAGAGCUACAUUAAAGGCACAUCUGAUUUCUUGGGAUUGGGUCAUUUUACUACUCGGUACAUCAUGGAAAGGAAGAACCCCUCCCGCCAGGGGCCCAGCUACCAGAAUGAUCGUGACUUGAUAGAGCUGGUUGACCCAAACUGGCCAGAUCUGGGGUCUAAAUGGCUAUAUUCUGUGCCGUGGGGAUUUAGGAGGCUCCUCAACUUUGCUCAGACUCAAUAUGGUGAUCCUCCCAUAUAUGUGAUGGAAAAUGGAGCACCUCAAAAAUUCCACUGUACUCAAUUAUGUGAUGAGUGGAGAAUUCAGUACCUUAAAGGAUACAUAAAUGAAAUGCUAAAAGCUAUAAAAGAUGGUGCUAAUAUAAAGGGGUAUACUUCCUGGUCUCUGUUGGAUAAGUUUGAAUGGGAGAAAGGAUACUCAGAUAGAUAUGGAUUCUACUAUGUUGAAUUUAACGACAGAAAUAAGCCUCGCUAUCCAAAGGCUUCAGUUCAAUAUUACAAGAAGAUUAUCAUUGCCAAUGGGUUUCCCAAUCCAAGAGAGGUGGAAAGUUGGUACCUCAAAGCUUUGGAAACUUGCUCUAUCAACAAUCAGAGGCUUGCUGCAGAGCCCUUGCUAAGUCACAUGCAAAUGGUUACAGAGAUCGUGGUACCUACUGUCUGCUCCCUCUGCGUCCUCAUCACUGCUGUUCUACUAAUGCUCCUCCUGAGGAGGCAGAGCUGAGACAGGAUUAUCAGUUUUGGAGCUUCAUACGAGAAUCUUCAGGAUCUUCCUCCCUUUUCUGCUUUGAGGGUUUCCAUAUAUUUCUGUUUUCAGGUUCUACAAUAAUUACCUUUUUUUCUCUUUCUCUUUUUGGCUUGUGCUGGGAUUUAAGAAUUAGAAAAUAAAAAUAAGCAGAAAUUA